AUGAAACAAGCACUGUGUACAGUUUUUGGCAUUUAUUCGUACUCAUUAUUUGUGGCUCAAGGCGGAAAUUUAUUUCAUUGCACAGAACGGGUACAAUGCGGUGGCGUGAUAUCGUCAGAAACUCAUCGUCCUGUAGUCGCGUACGUGUGUCCAACAAGGAUACAUCGUGACGAAGAGAAUCGAUGCUGUAGUCCGCCUGAAUUCAAUUGCUGUCGAGAGGCAACAUUCUUUGAGAACAAUCUCACGGCUGUGCUGUCAGCGCUGACAAUUGUUGCGUUGACUUUGUUCACGUUGCUGAUCAUAAUUUGUCUCUGCUGGGAGAAAUGCUUUUUACACAAAAUGGUGCGCAGAUAUCCAACGCUCGAUUAUAUAGCACGUCCAGAGGAAACAGAACAUUUAAACGGCUUGGGUUUGCCGGGGGAGUGCUCAGGUGAUAAGCAUAUUUACGAGGUCAGUACAGAUGUAAUUUAUCGACUCAAUAAAGAUCCCUUGUGA